AUGGCUUCACCCGCCGUUGCGCUCGGCGCGACUCAUUCCGUCGCGCUCGGCGCGUUUCACUCCGCCGCCGCGGAUGCCGCGCGGAUUUCUCAGCUCUCCGCGCUUAUCCCCGCCUCCGCAUUUCCGCCGCCCGCGCUGGCUGCAGCGGCGGCGGAAGCGGCGGGGAAGACGGUGUGGGUCCAGAAGACGAUUGAGCUGCCGCCCUACAAACGAGGCUGCCACAUCAUCACAUCGCAGAUCAUGCGGGCCGUGCCAGAGAUCUCCGAGUUUCGCGUCGGAAUCGCAAAUAUCUUUGUGCUGCACACAUCCGCCAGCCUCACCAUCAAUGAGAACGCCAGCCCAGACGUGCCUCUGGACAUGGAGGACGCUCUCAACCGCAUUGCACCGGAGGGCAACCAUUACCGCCACUUAGAUGAGGGCUAUGAUGACAUGCCAGCCCACGUGAAGUCAUCGCUAAUGGGGUGCUCGCUCACCGUCCCCAUCAUGUCUGGUCGCUUCAAGCUUGGCACAUGGCAGGGCAUCUAUCUGAACGAGCACCGUAACUACGGGGGGGCAAGGCAGCUGUGCAUUACCAUUCAGGGGGAGAAGCGCGCUGAUGGGCGGUGA